AACCCAACGGUCGGCAGCUAGCCAUGGCAAGCUUGAGUUUCCGCUCACCAUUUUUACUACUCCUUGCCCUUCUUCUCUUCUUCCUUCUCGUCUACAUCUCUCCCUUAAACCAAAACCAUCUCCUUCUCCGUUCUUCUCCUUCCACCCCACCACAAACCCAUCAACAAACAGUACCGCUGCAAGUUUCACCGGCACCCUCUCCACAGAUAUCUCUUCCAGAUGCACCACCUCCCUCGCCUUCUUCCUCGACUAAACCCAGUAACGAUUCUCUCAGUCAUACCAAGAAGAAGAGUAGAACGGAGAGGAUUGAAGAGGGUCUCGCUAGAGCCCGAUCGGCCAUCCGCCAAGCGAUUCGUACACACAACUACACUUCUGACAGGGAGGAAACGUACAUCCCCACAGGAUGCGUUUAUAGAAAUGCAUUUGCCUUUCAUCAGAGCCACGUGGAGAUGGUGAAGAGAUUCAAGGUGUGGACCUACAGGGAGGGAGAGCAACCAUUGGUCCACCGUGGGCCCAUGAGUUACAUCUACUCCAUCGAGGGCCAAUUCAUCGACGAGAUGGAGAGGGGGAAGAGCCCCUUCAUGGCUCGCCAUCCUGAUGAGGCACAUGCGUUUUUCCUGCCUAUUAGCAUUACCAAGAUCGUCAACUUCUUCUUCAGGCUUGACCCCUACCACUUCCCUUUACUCCCAAUCUUCACAGAUUAUGUCAACGUCGUUGCAACAAGAUACCCUUACUGGAAUAGAAGCGGUGGAGCGGACCAUUUUAUGGUCUCUUGCCAUGAUUGGGCACCGGAGGUCAUAAAGGAGGACCGUAAGUACUUCAAGAACUUCAUAAGGGUGCUAUGCAAUGCCAACACGUCUGAAGGAUUCAUACCUGCAAGGGACGUCUCAUUGCCGGAAUUUAACUUGAAAGGUCACCCUGUGCACAGCCUCGGCCCACCCCGCCUCGGCCUGCGGCCUAGUAAGCGCACAAUCCUCGCCUUCUUUGCCGGCGCCGCCCACGGAGACAUAAGGAAAAUGCUAUUCCAGCAUUGGAAGGACAAGGAUGCGCAAGUCCAAGUGUACGAGAAUCUUCCCAAGGAGAAAAACUACCACAAAAUUAUGGGACAAACAAAGUUUUGCUUGUGUCCGAGUGGGUCGGAAGUGGCAAGUCCGAGAGUGGUCGAGGCAAUGUACCAACAGUGUGUUCCGGUGAUUAUUUCCGACUUCUACACGUUACCCUUCAGUGAUGUUCUUGACUGGAGCAAGUUUGCGGUGUUUAUUCCGCCGGAAAGAAUACCGGAAAUUAAGACGAUCUUGGAGAGUAUUUCAGAGAAGAGAUAUUUAACGUUGCAAAAGAGGGUGACACAAGUAGCAAGGCAUUUUGAGCUGAACCGGCCGGCUAAGCCAUUUGAUGUGAUUCACAUGCUGCUUCAUUCUGUGUGGCUCAGAAGGCUUAACAUCCGGUUCCCACAUAAUAUUUACUGAAAAGCAUUAAUUGUCUACAUAUUUUCAAUUCUUUUAUUUUAUUUUAUUUUAUUUUAAUUCACAUAUUUAUAUGGCUUCAAUUGCUACAAUUUAAAGGAAAUAAACAAUAUUCUUA